AGAGAGCCCUGGACCUGCAUCGGGCCGUGGGGGAGCGAGAGGCUUCCCGGGGGACGGGGCAGGCAGGGCUGGCUCCCUGGGCCUCCGCCUUCCCGGUGGGGUGCUCGCCAGGGGGCGGAAGCCACCAUCCUGGAUGGUGGUUGCCCGAGGGGCAGGAAGAGGGACCGACGCCAACGGUUAUGGGAGGGGAGGUUCCCCGCCUGGCUGGGGGUGGACCUGGGGACUGUGUCCCGGAAGGAGAGACCAUCACACUGUGACGGCCCAGAGAAGGACGGAGCUAGACCCGGGGAUGGGGGGCGGGGGGAGGAGCCACAGCCCCGGACAGACUUCCUCACGCAGGAACUGGGGUGGGAAGCCGUUCCCGACUUCCGGGGAUGCCUCCUGAUCUUACUCCUGAAAUCCACCCAAUAGAGCGAAGUCCAACAAGUUCAAAGGAAGAAGAGACCAGGGCUGUGAGCCCCCACCCAGCAGCCCCUCAGCCCCUUGGGACAGGAGUGGGCUCUGCCCCAGGGCCCUGGAGGGGGACCCAGGCACCUCCUGUCGGGGUCCCCUCCAGGCUAGAAGGAAGGAGAUCAAGCAAAGCAGCGCUCCCUGCCCGGUGGUGCUUAUUGAGGCAGGGGCUGCGGUCUGUGCCCACUCCUGCCCACAGAGCUUGCGGCCUGUGUAGGAGAGGGCGCUGUGUAGACAGUGUGCCCGGCAGGGCGCAGUGAGGACAGGGCAGGGCGGGGGCCUCCCGAUGAAAGACUCUGGGGCUGGGGGCAGACAGGGCUCUGUGGCCUCUCCAGCCAGGGGCGCUGCUGUGUGUGCUCGGGGAGGACAGACGUGGGGGUGUGGCCGGAGGAGAGGCGGGCGGGCGGGCGGGUGCACCUGCUCUCCCCCACAGAUGGCGGGGGCAGACCCACCCCGCAGCAGCCUGCCCCCCGCCCCGCCGGGAACGUGUGCAGCAAGGUGCCCAAACAGUCUCCGCCUGAUCCUGUGCAGGGACGACCGGCUCCCAGAGGAGUCUGCGGUGUAGACAGCUGCAGAUGCGGCUCUGCCCACUUGGGGCCUCAUCCACACUGCUGAGCCUGUCCAUGGGACACGGCAUGUGCCCCCGAGGCUCCGUCUACCCAGCACGACUGCAUCUACACAGCAUGGCUUCUCCACGUGGCAAGUCCUGUCCACACGGGGCUCCGUCUGCACAGCACGACUGCGUCCACACAGCACGGCUUCUCCACGUGGCAAGUCCUGUCCACACGGGGCUCCGUCUGCACAGCACGACUGCGUCCACACAGCACGGCUUCUCCACGUAGCAAGUCCUGUCCACACGGGGCUCCGUCUGCACAGCACGACUGCGUCCACACGGUGGGGCUCGGUCCACACCUCGUCUACACGUCAGCAGCGUCCCGCAUGGCCCUCACCCCUCCCUGCUUUGGAGGCUCCUGCUGCUGCCGCGCUGGCCGAGGCCCCCACCCCGAUCCCGCCCCUUCCUCCUGUGCGUUCACCGGUCAGCGUGCGGAGCAGACUCAUGUUGGGCCUGGAGGGGACGAGGAGGUCCCUUUCUCACGCAAGCCGUGACGGGUCCCAGCUCUAUCCAUCUGGGUCACGAGGAGGCAGAAAUCAAGUUCUUCUUGACCACACAGGCCCCAGGCGAGAGGGGUGGGCCGGGCCGUCCUGGGCCCUCGGGUCGCCCUCCCCCAUCUGUCUGGGAAGGAAGGGGCGUUCGCUGUUCCACUUUGCGAUCUCUCCACACUGACCGUGAUGGACGGUCGGACACGCGCACAGCCUUCUGGGAGUCUUCAGCCCAAGGUCAUGGUCACUGGUCAUCGCCUUGGCCACAGGCUUCUGCUAGACCCUUCUGUCUGCGAUCCCUCUCUGGAGCUGUGGGCCUGCUGUGACCCAGACCUGAGCAGACCUGUGCAGACCCGUCCGCCAGCUGGCCGCUGCCCACGGGAGGCAGACCCCACGGGAGGCACGGGGGCUGGAGCCGCAGGCUGGUCUGGACUUCCGGUCCCUGCGGGGCUCCUACAGCCGGAGGCAGCCGGGCCGACCAUCAAAGCCAGGGCCUGGUGCCCAAGACAGAGCCCAGGCGUCCUGGGCCUUUGCCAUCACAGGUCACACUCCUGGCCUGGGACCUCGCUGGUCACACUGAGGGGAUCCGAGGACGGCGGGGGGUGGGGCGGAGCGGGGCCAGCUGCGGCCCCGCCGUCUGCACCCGACCCUCGUCCGCAUCUGGGCUUGGAGAGGUUCCGUCCAGCCUCGCAGACUCUGGAUGGCGGCUUCACACCACCCGGCGGCCCGGGGCGUCCGAGUUCAUGUGGUAGCGAGAUCCGAGGGACAGCUGACCCUCACCCAGGGCGUUCAGAGGCCGAUGAGCAGGACUGUGGUUGGACUGCGUGGCCUAGGAGGACACAGGCGGGGAGGCUUCCCUGGGGUGGGGACAUGCUCCCCAGCAGGCGGCCUUCCUGGAGCCGGCUGCCACCUGGAUGGCACAGUCGCAUGUACGGGGGCGUGCACGUGAGCGGACUAGCGCCUGUGUGCCGGUGGAAAAGCAGGGCUGGUGCCGGGUCUCCCCUGCCUCUUAGCCCCUCUGGGCACCUACACCCCUUCCUGAGACUUGAGAGCAGCCGCUCCAGAGCAAGAGGGACGGGAGACCGUCCCAGUGAGCCCUGCACCCGAGGCUCCUCAUGGCCUCUCCCCUGCCCAGGAUCCGCACCCGCACACCUGCUGUCCCCUGGAUCUAGAUGGCCUGGCUCAUGCCCGUCUGGUGGCCCCGAGUACUCAGCGGGUGGUGGGGAGCGCACCACCACACGGCCCUGUGCCCAGGACAUCUCCCAUGUCUCGUGCCCGUGCUGGGAAGGCCACGUGGGUGCGGGAGCUCAACUCAGAUUCAUUUUGGAGAUGGAGGGCAGAGCCGGUGUGUGUUGUACGCACACACAGACAGCAAGGUUGAUGCCGCCGGGGCUGGGCUUCCUGAUCUUUUCUGUGAAAGGGAAUCUUGAGUGUGAGCGCACCAGGCACGCGUAAGGAAGCACUAAGUCCCCGCCUCCUACGCACACUCGGACCGGCCUGCGCCAGUGGGCCAGGAGGCUGGGCGGGGCGGUCGCGUGAGCAGACGACCCCAGAGGGCCUGUCCUGUGACCGCGCUGUGUGCUGGCGCUGCCGGGACGGGAACACAGAGGACAGCUUGCCCCGUGGGGCUCACACUUACCAGAUGCGCUCCUGAGAGAUGAGCAAGGCCGGCCCACCUUCGGCUGCGGCCUGACCUUGCCAGGGGGCAGCGCUGCCGUGGGGGUGGCCAAAGGGGGCCGUGUCACUAGACAGAUGUCCCGGGCAGCCCUGGGCUGGUGCCGGCCAGGGUCAAGGCUGUCCCCUGCGCAGACGUCCCGAGGCUGCCAAGGGCACCCAGCCUAGCGGCCGCGAGACACAAGACUGAGGAAG